GUCAAAACUACUAGCUUGGAUGCUGCUGUUAUUGCAGAAGGUUUUCUCAGUUGUGUUGCUUUGAUACCAUCUUUGUCUGAAAGCAGCUUCAGUGAAGAGGAAGAAGAAAAACUUCAAAUAGCUUUUUCGCUGGAAAAGCAGGAUCUUCAUCUAGUUCUUGAAGCUAUAUCAUUCAUUUUGGAACAGGCAGUCUAUCAUAAUUUGAAGCCCCCUUCCUUGCAACAACAGCUGCAAAGCAUUCACCUGGAUGAAGACAAAGCCGAAGCAUUUGCCAGUGCAUGGGCGGCUGCAGGUCAAGAUACGAUUGAAAAGUUCAGGCAGAGGGUUUUGAACCCUCAGAAGUCGCCCCGGAGCCUUCUCUUCUCCAGGCUGAACAAGCCCAACUCAAAGAGCAUCUUCGUGGCCUCCUCCAGAUUCGAUCCAAGCAGUCGAUAUCCUCCUGGUGUUGGGGGCCCCAGAGGCGGACGCAGACCUGCAG